ACGCAAAAUGGAAAAACCUAAGCCCACAAUUUUCCGCUUAAAGAGAUUUUGCAAUUUAAAAGCAACUAAUGCAACGCUUUAAUGUGCCUGCCAAAAUUGCAGCCAAAAAAAAACAUGGAGUAAUGGUCGAAGACAUCAGGAAAACAGUGUCAAAAGGUUUCGGGGGAAAUUUCAAGGUACUAAAAAUAGGUCAAGUCGAUUUUGUCGAGAGACAAUUGCUGAAUUGAGUUGCCAGUAAAUUUCAAGUCUCAAAAUGUCCCACAUUUGCCCGGUCCAUAGUAAGGACUCCCAGGCCAUAACCAUCACCAAAUCCGCCGAGUCGGACGACACCAAAAUCGCCAUGUGCGCCUCCUUGGAGUUGGACAGCUGUCGUGCCGAGAACUCGCAGCUCAAACUGAAGCUGAUUGAGUACGAGGCCACGAUCAAGAAUCUCGAGCAGCUGGUGACCACCAUAGCGGACAAGCAGCACCAGAUCCUCAGCGAGGUGGUGGAGAUGCGCAAGGAGAGCCGCGCCGCUCCAAUGGAGUCCAAUCCCCAGAUGGACACUUCAGAACCCUCGUCCGUACAACAACUGGAUGACGACGAGGAAGAGGAUGGCUACAGGCCGGAUUCUGAAUCCGAGGGCACUCAGUCCCCGGACCUCGACCGCCAAUCCUCUGUGGCUUCGCUGAUUUCCUUGUGCUUCUCAUCGACCAGCUCGCUGGGUAUUUCCAUUGAUGGAGCUAACUCCGAUUCUGACUACGAUCGGGAGUUAUAUGUCGAAUUGGGCAUGGGCCGCUAUUCCGAUCAUGAUCCCGAGACAGAUCACUCGGAGGAGAAUGGGGAAGACAACUCGGUUCCACUCACACCGCCUGUGAUUUCGCCCAUACAAGAUUUCAUUAAUUCUGAUACCGAUAGCGAAUAAUAAGCCUACUGCGUAUAUACAAACAUUUGCUGAAAGAGGGAAUUAUAUGUUGAUUUUAAAACAGUUCA